AAUACCACGUGAUUUUUCUACUUAAAGUUACAAGUAUAGAAUAUUGACUACAGUGCUUCAAAGAGAUUCUAUUGAACACGAUCUGCAGUAACAAAAGUCGAAUGGAGUUAGGAAGUCUGGCGAUCGGAUUUUUACGGGUACAUUUUUGUAUUCAAUGUGCUCUUCAUAAUGUAGAUGGUCUUGGGUAUACUUACCAAUACGAUGCCCAAAUUGAGUCAACCGUAAAGGCAGAGGAUGUCGAUGGGUACCCAGACUCUACAUGGGACCAAAAUAACCCUAUGAAACAUAGAGAUCUAUGCCGUCAUUGGUGCAACUGCAACAGAGACUGUACCAGUGUGGACUUUAAUGAUGGAAAUGGUGAAUGCAAGUAUCAUCUUGGUAGUAUAGACUGGGACGGAUCAAACGGUGGAGAUAAGUGGAAGACUGGAGGAGGAAAUUAUCAUAUGAGGAAAAUGAAAAAUUGCGUUGACAACACCGAUUUAACAUUCGAUAGCCUACCAGACAGUGCUUUUGAAGCAAGUUCUGUCUAUACGGGGGACACAAUACAAGGACCUUACUAUGCUUACAAGAGCAGACUCUCGAAUCCCCAAGGCUGGUAUGCGGACGUAACUCAAACUGGAGAUGUAUGGAUUCAAGUCACAUUUAACGAAAUAAGGUUAGUAUCUGCCAUAGAAACCCUUGCAUCUGCCCAGAACUGCUCGACGUGUAUAGGUGAAGGAUGGAGUAAGAAAGUGAAUAUAUAUUAUAGAACAUCUUUACAACACAAAUGGAAGUCUUAUAUGAUGUAUGGAGUAUCGAUUGUAGAGGAGCUGGAUACUAACGGUGACGAUCAUAAAAUUGUGACCAAUAAUAUUCAGAUACCAUUUGAAGCUCUGCAAGUCAAAAUGGUCAUCAUCGAUCAUCAGGACUUCUACGGAACAAGAUGGGACAUGCGGACUUGUCAGUUUAAGCCUGAUCCAAAAGUGGGCUCGCAACAAUCAUCUUUAAGGCUAGGUAUGGAUCAAGCAGGGAACGUUUCACCGUCAGAGACUUUGUAUGUCCGUUCGCGUAUUCAGUGUAACAGCGAGUGCUCGAGAAGAGGACACCACGCCUUUAACUACCAGUACAACGUAGCAAAUGGGCAAAAACACCUUUGUGAAUGCAUUUACAACAAAUGUGCUCCCUUGGUAACAAGACAUGGAUUUCAAUAUUUUGAAAAGAAUGACUGAGAGAUAUGAUUUUAAUCAAGAAAUAUCUAACAUUGUCUAAGGCUUCUGUCUUCUGGCCAUUGUGACCCCUCCCUUACGCCUCACCUUUAUAUGUAUAAAUUGUUUGUAUUAUAUAUUUCGAAGUAAAGUACGGGGGGGGGGUUGACGCUUGAUUUUCCCGGAGAGGAUGACUAACUAUUAAUUAGGAAACAGGAAAAGAAUUUAUAUUUUCUGAGGACUGUGCUGAUGUUGAGAGUACAGCAGAUACUGUACAUCAGCAUCUUGAUCAAGAAAGUUUCAGUUUCUCCUACUUGUUAUGACACCUUGGAAGUGCAAGAUGGUGCAUCAGGGCAUGCCAUUUAUUCCAUUAAAACACCUUUUCAUGUAAUAAAUGCAAAUACCCAAAAGGCAAUCGUGAACAAACUAUAUUUAUUAACAUUAACAUAAAGACAUUAACAUAUCUUUCUUUUUGGAAAACCGAAUACGAACACUCAAUGAAUACCAAAUCAAU